AUGGUCGCGUGCGUAAUCGCGGCCGCGUUGGCUUUGGUGGUCGCAACUCUAUUUCAUAUUCUUUAUACCUAUUACCCCGUGAGGCACGUCCCAGGACCCAUAUUUGCGGCAUUUUCGGAUCUUUGGAGGGUGAAUGCGCAACAGUCCUCGGGUUACGGUCGACGUCUAGCCCAAUUGCAUCGGAAGUACGGGAAAGCCGUGCGCUUGGGACCGCGCGUUAUUAGCUUGAGCGAUGCUCGCGAUAUUAUAAGCCUAUAUUGUGCGAAGACUCUAGACGAGUUGAGCCGGCAUAGCCAGGGGGACCGGCCGAAUGACCAACAGGAACUAUUCAGGUAUGAAGAUGCCGUCGCGGAGGCCAUGCGGGAUACUGUCCGGACAAUCCGGCGACACCGAACUAUCGACCUAAGCAUGCCCUUGCGGCUGUUCACAGAUGAACUUAGGGCCUGGUUCUUUAGUGGUGCUGGCCUUGCUGAGCCCAAUAGCAGGGGCCAGACUCAGUCCAGCUCUUCGUUCUUUACGACAGUAGAGGAAAUGUUAUUACGAGGUCCUGUUUACAUUCUCAAGAGAGAUCGCUUCUCAUGCUAUGGUCUGUCGGGCGAGGUAUCGGCACCAGCGUACGGGCAUUAUCCGGUCCCUCCUCAGGGCGUCUACAAAGACGCUGGCCGUCCCAAUGAAUCGACCGUCAUAGCUGCCAGUGUUGAAACCAUAAUAGCGACUCUAGUCUCCGUAUUCACGUUUCUACUGGAUCAACCUAGAGUUCUCCGCAGACUGCGGAACGAAAUAGACAAUAUGCCGCGGUUUUGGGACCGAACAACGAUCCCCCACUCGAGGGACUUCACAGGAGCCUUUUACCUAGACGCCGUUCUAAAGGAGACAAUGAGGCUGGUUCUACUGCAAACCCACCCUACUGGUAUACGAAUCAAAACCGGAUUUCGUGAUAUACCGUUAUCGUCCAUCCGGAUACCCCAAGGAACUACAGUGAUAUGGCACCCGCGCCUUAUCUUAGCGAGCGAGUCUAUAUAUGGAAACGACCCGGCUGUAUUCCGCCCUGAGCGUUGGAUUGCUGUGGAUCGGCGACAGCGCGCUUGUAUGGAAGAAUCACUUGCACCCUUUACGGCUUGUGCGCCUCACUGUCUGAAGUUAGAAGCUGCUUGGUUACAAUCGAAGAAGGCGGUUGUUGUGCUAUUGCGGGAGUUUGACGAUAUUCAAUUACUCCUGCACACAGACCGAGGCGUGAACUCAGGGACUCCUAAUUUCCUAGAGUCGCCCCGCAUGUUGGUUGAUUGUCGACCGAGGGUUGCUAGGGGCAGGGGCUAUUUUGGACAGCUGGCGUGA